CGCGCUUCGGGGAGCACCGGAAGGGCCCCUUACCCCCGGGGCGGCAGGAAGGAGGCGGAGCUCCGGCGGCGUCCGCAGCCUCGCGUCCCGCACUGAUGGCCGGGGCCAAAGUCCGGCCGGGCUGCGGUGGUGGUCACGGCGCCAGGCCCCAUCCCCCGCAGGGUUGUCCGGCUUCCGCGGCCCGCCGGCCCUGCAGGCCCUGCCUCGACUUACCUUCCCUGCUCAGGCUCCGCCUCUGGCCGCAGCACUCGGCGAAGUAGCAGUAGAGACGCGGGUUCCUGCCAGGACCUCCCCUCACAGCGUCACCAACACUGUCACCACCACAGCUGCCUGUAGAGCAUGACCCAGCUGGCCGCCCAUGCCCCCUGGUGGACUCAGAGGUGAGUGCAGGCCACGAUGGGGGACUCCCGGGACCUCUGCCCUCACCUGGACUCCAUCGGGGAGGUGACCAAAGAGGACCUGCUGCUCAAGUCCAAGGGUACCUGCCAGGCAUGCGGCGUCUCAGGACCCAACCUGUGGGCCUGUCUGCAGGUGUCCUGUCCCUAUGUCGGCUGUGGAGAGUCCUUUGAGGACCACAGCACCCUCCACGCGCAGGCCAAGCAGCACAACUUGACAGUGAACCUGACCACCUUCCGUGUGUGGUGCUACGCGUGUGAGCGUGAGGUCUUCCUGAAGCAGCGGCUGGCCGCCCCGCCUGGCGCCCCGCUGCGGUUCCCCGAGCAGGGCUGCCCGCCGCCCUCCCACCCCUUGAGAGCCGUGCCCAUUGCUGUAGCUGAUGAAGGGGAGUCAGAGUCAGAGGACGAUGACCUGAAACCUCGAGGUCUCACGGGCAUGAAGAACCUAGGCAACUCCUGCUACAUGAAUGCCGCACUGCAGGCGUUGUCUAACUGCCCCCCACUGACCCAGUUCUUCCUGGAGUGUGGCGGCCUGGUGCGCACAGACAAGAAGCCAGCCCUGUGCAAAAGCUACCAGAAAUUGGUCUCGGAGGUCUGGCACAAGAAGCGGCCGAGCUACGUGAUCCCCACCAGCCUGUCUCACGGGAUCAAGCUGGUGAACCCCAUGUUCCGUGGCUAUGCCCAGCAGGACACCCAGGAGUUCCUGCGCUGCCUCAUGGACCAGCUGCACGAGGAGCUCAAGGAGCCGGGGACAGCGGCCACGGCAGCGCUGACCGAGGCCCGGGACUCGGACUCCAGCGACACGGACGAGAAGCGGGAGGGCGACUGCAGCCCCUCGGAGGAGGACGAGUUCCUGUCCUGCGACUCCAGCAGCGACCGCAGUGAGGGGGACACGCAGGCCGGGGUUGGGGCGGAGGUGGCCGGCCGUGCCAUCUCGGAGAAGGAGCGGCUGAAAGAGCGCAGGGCCGCCUGGGGCCGGCAGCAUGGUGGCUCGGAGCAGGUGGACGAGGACGCCGAUGUGGACACCGCGUUGGACACGGGGCCUGCCGAGGCCCUGCCCCCGUCCCCGAGGCCCUGCAGCCCCUGCCGGACUCCAGAGCCCGACAACGACGCCCACAUGCGCAGCCCCUCUCGCCCCUGCAGCCCCGUCCACCUCCACGAGGGCCACACCAAGCUGCCCAGCAGCCCCCCGCGUGCCAGCCCCGCACGGCUUGGGCCACCCUAUAUGCUCAAGAAAGCUCAGGUCUCCAGCAGCCGGCGGCGGAAGGAGCAGUCCUACCGCAGUGUCAUCUCGGACAUCUUCAACGGCUCCAUCCUCAGCUUCGUGCAGUGCCUCACCUGUGACCGGGUGUCCACCACAGUGGAGACCUUCCAGGACCUGUCGCUGCCCAUUCCUGGCAAGGAGGACCUGGCCAAGCUGCACUCGGCCAUCUACCAGAACGUGCCGGCCAAGCCGGGCACCUGUGGGGACAGCUACGUGGCCCAGGGCUGGCUGGCCUUCAUCGUGGAGUACAUCCGGCGGUUCGUGAUCUCCUGCACCCCCAGCUGGUUUUGGGGGCCCGUGGUCACCCUGGAGGACUGCCUGGCUGCCUUUUUUGCUGCUGACGAGCUGAAGGGUGACAACAUGUACAGCUGUGAGCGGUGUAAGAAGCUGCGGAACGGUGUGAAGUACUGCAAGGUCCUGCGGCUGCCUGAGAUCCUGUGCAUCCACCUGAAGCGCUUCCGGCACGAGCUGACCUACUCCUUCAAGGUCAGCAGCCACGUGUCCUUCCCGCUCGAGGGCCUCGACCUGCGCCCCUUCCUGGCCAAAGAGUGCACCUCCCAGGUCACCACCUACGACCUCCUGUCCAUCAUCUGCCACCACGGCACGGCAGGCAGCGGCCACUACAUUGCCUACUGCCAGAAUGUCAUCAAUGGCCAGUGGUACGAGUUUGACGACCAAUAUGUCACCGAGGUGCACGAGACGGUGGUGCAGCACGCGGAGGCCUACGUGCUCUUCUACAGGAAGAGCAGCGAGGAGGCGGUGCGUGAGCGGCAGCAGGUGGUGUCGCUGGCCGCCAUGCGCGAGCCCAGCCUGUUGCGUUUCUACGUGUCCCGCGAGUGGCUGAACAAGUUUAACACCUUCGCUGAGCCGGGACCCAUCACCAACCACAGCUUCCUGUGCGCGCACGGAGGCAUCCCACCCAACAAGUACCACUACAUCGACGACCUGGUGGUCAUCCUGCCGCAGCCGGUGUGGGAGCACCUGUACAGCAGGUUCGGGGGUGGCCCCGCCGUGAACCACCUGUACGUGUGCUCCGUGUGUCAGGUGGAGAUCGAGGCGCUGGCCAGGCGCAGGAAGGUGGAGAUCGAAACCUUCAUCAAGCUGAACAAGGCCUUCCAGGCUGAGGAGUCCCCUGGCGUCAUCUACUGCAUCAGCAUGCAGUGGUUCCGCGAAUGGGAGGCCUUCGUCAAAAGCAAGGACAAUGACAACGCUGAGGGGUCCCCUGCAGAGCCUCCAGGGCCCAUCGACAACAGCCGGAUCGCGCAGAUCAAGGGUGGCAGCCACGUGCAGCUGAAGCCCGGGGCCGACUAUGGGCAGAUCUCCGAGGAGACCUGGGCCUACCUGAGCCACCUGUAUGGUGGUGGCCCCGAGAUCGCCAUGCGCCAGGGCGUGCUGCAGCCCCCGGAGCCCGAGAGCCUGCACAGCGAGCAGAAGAUCGAGGCCGAGACUCGCACCCUGUGACCAACUCCUCCUCCUGCAUCCCUUGGCCCAGGAGCCCAGGAGCUGUGGCCCAGGAGCGGGGGGGUGGGGAGGGUCCAGCUCUGUAGUGGCUGUGGCUUAGGGUAUCAACCCAGGCCUCAGUCCCAGCAGCGCACACGCAAGUCACUGGCAGUGGUGUCCUCUGCCCCACGCCUGCAGGCUCGGGCCCCUCUGUCCCUGGGGCCAUGUGCUUGGAGUUCCCUCUCGGUGCUGUGAGCAGAGGCCCUGGGGGGUCUCUUCGGCCCCGCCCAGCUGCCAGCUCAAUGGAGCUCCUGCCCAGUCCCACCCCCAACCCCGAGCUUGUCCCAAAGACCCCAGAUGACUCCCUGAGGUUGGAACCAGAGGGACCAGAAACUGUGUCACAGCACAGUCACCUGGGUGCCACUCCCGGGACCUGGACCAUGGUGUGGGGGGACCCCAUGCAUGUCACCCGCUGCCAGUGCAGUGUGCCCCAGAUGUGUCCCUUUCUUCUUACCCGGCCUGGGACAGGGCCGCCCAGCCGUGCACCUUGCACCAGGGGACCUCAAGAGCUGCCAGGAGUGUGGGGACCACUGAGCCCGGUUUCUGGGCACAGAGAGUAGCAGCUGAGGUGCCAGGACCAGGCCCCAAACCAUUGGAUGUCAUGGGGACCUGGGUGCAGCUACCAAUGGGUUGGCAAUGUCCCUGCUGCCGCUGCCUGUGCUGCCGCCCUCGCAAAGCUCUGGGCCUUGGCACCUGUCUGUGCUGUAGUUGCUGUGCGGCCCUGCCACGUGUGCAGUGUCACAAUAAACACGUGUCCCCUCCACCA